CCCCCUUCCUGAAAGGUGACUGGUUCGGCGGUGUGGCUCUCUCUAGUCGUCACCAGGAGGAAGCGGAGCUGGCAGGCGGCUCCGGGCCAGUCGCGGAAGGCAGUUAUGGGCGCCGUCGUCCCAGAUUUUAAUUUUGUGUCAGUGAGCAAUCCAUGAAGUGCCAACAUGGGAAAGAAACGAACAAAGGGGAAAAGUAUUCCAGUUAAGGCUUCCUCUGAAUCUGCAGAACCAAUGUGUAGACACCUUAGAAAAGGGUUGGAACAAGGUAAUUUGAAAAAAGCUUUAGUGAAUGUGGAAUGGAAUAUCUGCCAAGACUGUAAGACUGACAAUAAAGUGAAAGAUAAACCUGAGGAUGAAGCAGAAGACCCUUCAGUUUGGUUGUGUCUUAAAUGUGGCCAUCAGGGCUGUGGCAGAGAUUCUCAGGAGCAGCAUGCCUUGAAGCACUACUCGACACCAAGAUCAGAGCCUCACUAUCUGGUGCUAAGUUUGGACAAUUGGAGCGUCUGGUGUUACAAGUGUGAUGAGGAGGUCAAAUACUGUAGUUCAAACCGAUUGGGCCAAGUGGUUGAUUAUGUUAGGAGACAAGCUGGUACUACAGCUCCAAAGCCAGAGAAAGAUAAUGGACACAUUGAACUUGAAAAUAAAAAAUUAGAAAAAGAGAGUAAAAAUGAGCAAGAGAGAGAGAAAUCAGAAAACAUGGCUAAAGAAAAUAUUCCUAUGGACUCUGCUUCCCAGAUAACUGUGAAAGGACUCAGUAAUUUGGGAAAUACUUGUUUCUUCAAUGCCGUUAUGCAGAAUUUGUCACAAACACCAGUGCUUAGAGAACUACUGAAAGAAGUGAAAAUGUCUGGAACAAUUGUAAAAAUAGAGCCACCUGAUCUGGCGCUAACAGAACCUUUAGAAGUGAACCUUGAGCCUCCGGGUCCUCUUACUUUAGCCAUGAGCCAGUUUCUUAAUGAGAUGCAAGAGAACAAAAAGCGAGUUGUGACGCCUAAGGAGCUCUUUUCUCAGGUCUGUAAAAAAGCAACACGUUUUAAAGGGUACCAGCAACAAGACAGCCAGGAGCUACUUCGCUACUUACUGGAUGGGAUGAGAGCGGAAGAACACCAAAGAGUGAGUAAAGGAAUUCUUAAAGCAUUUGGUAAUUCUACUGAAAAAUUGGAUGAAGAAGUAAAAAAUAAAGUUAAAGAUUAUGAAAAGAAAAAGACAAUCCCAAGUUUUGUGGACCGCAUCUUUGGUGGCGAACUAACUAGUACAAUCAUGUGUGAUGAAUGCAGGACUGUCUCCUUGGUGCAUGAAUCUUUCCUUGAUUUGUCUCUCCCAGUUUUAGAUGAUCAGAGCGGUAAGAAAAAUAUAAAUGAUAAAAAUGUGAAAAAGACAAUGGAGGAAGAAGAUAAAGACAGUGAGGAAGAAAAAGAUGACAGCUAUAUGAAAACAAGAACUGAUAUUCCUUCAGGAACAAGCAAGCACAUACAGAAAAAAGCAAAGAAGCAAGCCAAAAAGCAAGCCAAAAACCAACGAAGGCAACAGAAAAUUCAAGAGAAGGUUCUUCACUUAAAUGAUAUCUGUACCACUGACCGUACUGAAGACAAUGAACAUGAAGCUGAAAUGUCACUUCCAGGAGAAGUGGAAGUAAAUAUUGAAUCCAACCAUGUUUCUCAAGAGGAGGUUAUACAUACAGAAUUUUAUGUUAAUGAGAAAGAUUUGAAUGGCCAAGAGAAAAUGAUAGAAAGUACAACUGACAGUCAAUGUCUAGAGGCACUCGGUGUGAGAAGUGUCAACGGUGAGAGUGAUCUGGAGAUUGUGACAUCUGCUACUGAAUGUACUAGGGAUUUAAAUGAUGCCUUCCUGGAGGAAGGGACCAACGGAGAAAUUGACAUUACCAAUGGUUUAAAAAACCUUAAUUUGAAUGCUGCUAUUCAUCCGGAUGAAAUCAAUAUAGAGAUUCUGAAUGACAAUCAUUCUCCUGUGGCAAAAGUGUAUGAGGUUAUGAAUGAGGAUCCAGAAACUGCUUUCUGUACCCUUGCGAACCGGGAAGCUUUCAGUACUGAUGAGUGUUCAAUCCAGCAUUGUUUGUAUCAGUUCACCCGUAAUGAGAAACUUCAAGAUGCAAACAAACUGCUUUGUGAAGUGUGCACAAGACGGCAGAGUAAUGGACCAAAGGCAAAUAUAAAAGGUGAGAGGAAACAUGUUUACACCAAUGCAAAGAAGCAGAUGCUGGUCUCCCUUGCUCCUCCUGUCCUCACUCUCCAUUUGAAGAGAUUUCAGCAGGCUGGUUUUAACCUACGCAAAGUUAACAAACACAUAAAGUUCCCGGAAAUCUUAGAUUUGGCUCCUUUUUGUACCCUUAAAUGUAAGAAUGUUGUGGAAGAAAGUACAAGAGUAUUGUAUUCCUUAUAUGGAGUUGUUGAACACAGUGGUACUAUGAGGUCAGGGCAUUAUACUGCCUAUGCCAAGGCAAGAACUGCAAGUAGUCAUCUCUCUAAUCUUGUUCUUCAUGGUGACAUUCCACAAGAUUGUGAAAUGGAAUCAACGAAAGGGCAGUGGUUUCACAUCAGUGACACACAUGUGCAAGCUGUGCCUGUAACUAAAGUACUCAACUCACAAGCAUAUCUCCUAUUUUAUGAGAGAAUACUGUAAUAACAAAAGUGCUUUCUCUGGAAAUACACCUAUGGCUUUUAUACUGGCUAUUUAACAUAAAAAUAACAAUAAAAAGUUAACUAACUAUAAAUUAUGUUCACCUAAAUGACAAAAACAAUCAUGUUUAAAUACUUAUGGGAAAAUAAUUCACAACGGUUUUUGUAUUGUCAUACUGAUUUUUAUUACUAAAGGCCUGUGCUUAAUCUGACUGGGUGGUAGUUCUCAACACAUCAAUAAACUGAUACCCCAAACUUAA